CUUGCGUAGCUUGCUCACAUAUGUCAGCUCCAAAGCCGAUUGUCCACGUAGCAGACUCAGAUGCUGCUUUAGCUAGUACGGUUUAUGACUACGUUGUAGAGCGAUCAGCCAAAGCAGUGAAGGAGCACGGAUUUUUUUCAAUCUGCUUGUCUGGAGGGAGCGUCGCCAAACUGGUGGGAGACGGGCUGUGGAAGAAGAAAAAUGUUGACUGGCCAGCUUGGCGUGUGUUUUUUUGUGAUGAGAGACAUGUAAAUCUAGAUAGUGAGGACAGCAAUUACAAUGCACUUCAGGAUACUUUCUUUGCAAAGGUACCGAUUAAACCAGAACAUGUGUAUACUAUCAACCCAAAACUUACUGUUGAAGGUGCAGCUGAUGACUACACAGCUAAAAUUCGAAUUGUUUAUCCUGGAAGUGACAUACCCAAAUUCGAUUUGAUGUUGCUUGGUAUGGGGCCUGAUGGUCACACUUGUUCUCUAUUUCCCGGACACCCUCUUCUUCAGGAGAAAACAAAAAUUGUUGCUUCCUUGAGCGACUCACCUAAACCACCACCUGCACGGAUCACUCUGACUCUUCCUGUUGUCAACAAUGCCCAUUGUGUUAUGUUCAUUGUAAUGGGUUCCAGCAAAACUGGACCAGCAGCAAAAGCAUUGGAUCUUAACAAAUCUGUUGAUGAUGACGAUAUGCCACCUGCUGGAAAAGUUAGAUUGUACCAUGGAGAAUUACACUGGUGGAUGAACCAGGCGGCAGCAGCUGAAUAUCAGGUGCAGCAAGCCAAGAAAUGACAGUUGAAUCACAACAUUGAUUAUAUUAUAGUUAGCGUACAACUAACAGUUUUGCAAUGGCAACAUUCAAUAUAUAGUAGUAUAACAAUAUUUAGUCAAACAUCUAUAGGAAGUGAAUCGCGAUCAAUAUCUUUGUCACCACUAUAA